ACUUUUAUUUUCCCUUUUGUUUCGCAGCAACACUGACAAUACCCUGUCAUGUACUGACAGCCAAGGUCAUAGGCGUCACUCUGUAGACAUAAGUCAACGUUAUUUCGUCGACGGCUUAAAAACUUAUCGUAGCACACACCAUGUCCAAUUGUAGGCCUCCUUCCUGGUUACUUCGUUAAAAAGAACCGUACAAAAUAUCUGGAUCUGGAACAAGUGUCCUCGGCGAUCGAUCUACCGUCAAUGGUUGGAGCCACAGAACACCGUGUCCGCCAUUUUCGUAACCAACGCCAUAAUUUCUUUCCACAAUAUUGUAUAGGUUAUGUAGUCGUGUUGAUUGGCAAUAGUUCUGAGGUCAGCCUUUGAGCUUCAUUUUAUGGGCGUAAUCCCUGAACACCUAUAAUCUUCGGCUAACUGCGUCGCCCAUUUUCUGUUGUCAAAAAUUUUCAGUGGUUUGUUUCAGGACAGUGGCUAAAGAUGAUUCAUGUUAAUCUGACAUCUACAGCACUUAGCGAAGAGAAGAAACCUGACUAUAUAGUGUUGGACAGCUCAAAUGCAUUGUCUGUGAUACUGGGAAGUUCAUAUUGCAUGGAACGCUGUUUCAUUAAUAGGAAAGAUUGCUGGCACAAGUUCAUGAUUCUGAAUGGCAGUAUCCAUGAUAAGGAGUUCAUUUUGAAAGUGAUUAUGGAUGCUGUUUAUCCGAUAGAUCUUAUUCCAGUAAUGUAUAAAGAAGAAGGAGAGGACACUUGCUUUCUGGCCCGCAAUUGUGGGACAGCCAUUGAGAGGUUGUGUCGGUCGAGUCUGGUGAUUGACAUUCCCAAUGGUCCUAGUCUGACACUUAGAAUUGUGCUUGGAUUUGCUCAUAUCAAUGAUAUCCAUCUUAAUAUGCAGUGGAACUUGAUUAAAGUGAUUGGAAAGAGGUUCAACAAAGACACAAAGUAUCUUGAUCUUUCAAACUAUCACAGAGAUCCAGAUUUAUGUGAUCUCAUAUUCUGCCCAUUAUCACAACCCAAGAUCCUCCAAUAUGUGUUGAAUGCCGUUAAAUCUGCGCUUCCAUUGGUGACAUCCCUCAACUUGUCUCACAAUGACAUACAUUCUGUGAAGUCUCUUGAGGCCCUGUGGCAGUUUAAGUUACUUGCAAAGCUAGACCUCAGGCACAACAUGGUGAAAUAUGUGAAGGAUCUAGCAGUCUUGCAGCCAAUAAAGCUGUGUGAGCUACUACUAGAUCAAAAUCCUCUCUGCCAAUACUUUGACAGCGAGUAUCCUUAUAUCAGUGCAGUGAGACGACUUUUACCAUCACUUCUGAAACUGGAUGGUGUAGUGCUGGGUCCACCUGGUUUCCAUCGGCCUAGACGCAACUUCCUCCUGCCACCUGAAGAUUCCAGUCUAGCAGAUCAGUUCAUCAGACACUACUUCACAUUGUAUGAUUGUAGUAAUCGUAAGAAAUUGGAAGGGCUAUACCAUAGUGAUGCUUUGUUCUCAUUAACGGCCACGUACCUACCUGCACAGAGCACAAGCAACACAGCCAGGUUAACAGAGUACACUAUUGAGAGCCGUAAUCUUCUGAAGCUGUGUGACUACACCAAGAGUUUGAAGUUACUGUAUCAUGGAUCAGAGGCAAUCUUAGCAACACUCUGCAAGCUUCCUAGAUCAGAGCAUGAUCCCUAUUCUUUUAGAGUAGACCUUGUGCAUUCUGCUUUUGGCAUUCUGAUAUCAGUGACUGGUGUGUUUCGGGAACCUGCAACAAUUAAGACUCCUCUUAUUCGCUCUUUCUGUCGGGUGUUUGUGCUGGUGCAGAUAGGUCCUCGUGAGUUUCAAAUAGCCAAUGAAACACUGCAUGUUAAAAAUGCCACUACGAAAGAGGCUGAGGAAGCGUUCAAGAUACCAAAACCUCCUAUUAGACAAAAGUUGACUCCAGGCAACCCAGUGAACAUGAAUGAAUCUGAUAAAGAACACUUAACUAAAAUCCUGAGCCAGCUGACAGAGAUGAAUGUUAAAUGGUCCAGGAAGUGUUUGGAGGAGUCAAAAUGGGAUAUCAAGAAAGCCACCACUGUGUUUACAGAACUAUACAAAAUGAGUAAGAUCCCCCCAGAAGCAUUUUCCAACCUGUGAGCAACAAAUUCUUCACACUUCUGUUAUCUUGAAAUGCAGAAACUGAUGUUUAUCAGCUGAUGGUUCACAAACCAUAUCUGUAUCUUUAAGAAAGCAAGAAUUAAUUACAAAGGAUGGUCUGAACCUUCAUGAGCAUUUAAUACAAAUAUUCUGACUGCAGACAUGAUAAUAUACUCAGAUUGGUACCAUCCAGUGUUCGACUGGUUUUUACAAUUUUAUUUCCUUAGCUGCAAUAAACUACAUGGUGUUGGUGGUCAAGAACAUAUAUAUAAUGGCAGUGGAAAGAUUUGGGGAGACAAAAGUACCCAAUAGCUAAACUGGCAAAAAUAUAAGAUUGAUUAUUGGAAAAAUGCUACAAAUUUUUCCUGACAGUGAAACACCAGUCAUAAACAAAUGAUGGUUUAUAAAUAUGACAUUAUUUGAAGGAAAAGUUUCUUGAAUCAACAAAAGAAAGUGAAAAGGUCAAGAUUUGAACACUUCUGCUCAAAUUUGGAUUAUGAAGAAAGUGAAGAGUGAAGUUACAUCUUCUAUCUACAUGAUUUUAAAAGUUAAAGACAUUGUGAAAGAAUAGUAUAUUUUCUCUUCAACUAAUUACAAAUUCAGAAUAGCUUUCCCUGCAGCUGUUGCAGAUGCAUUAAAAGAGUUUUAUUGUAGUGAUGAGUUCAGAAGAUUGAUGCCAGAUAGAAAAGACUUUAUGACUAUUAAGGACAGUGGAAUUAACACUCGUGAAUGAAGGCAACUAGUUGUUAGUAAACCAAAGGAGAUAUUUAUUUCAAGUCAA